AUGGACUGCAACCCUCCCUCGCUGCUUCCUAUCGUACCUUGUCUUCGGUGUACCCUUGAGAAUCUCAGCGCAAAGAAGAUACUCAUCGAUUCGCUUCAUCCCGAAGACCGACACUUGUCCCUAAUCAAGCACCGCAGUCUUUCCGCUCGCAUUGCGGUGACACUGCAGCGACUGGGGAUCGAACCCAAGGGUCGAAGUUCAUACAGAUCGGGGAGUUCGGCAACUUACUCAGCUGUGCUAAUGGGCACGAUCAUGUCAGGGUGUACUUUCGUGAUGGGUCAGCCCGGCUACGGUCCGAGACGAAUCGUUGACCGCAACCUCAAUGGCGAUAAAUGGGUCUACGUACCCAGCCGCAGUAUUGGAUACUACCAGAAUCCUGAUACUACAAGCGAGUAUACGAAUCAUGGGGUUGGGUUUUGA